AUGGCAUUUUACUCCUUGAGUGAAGCCAAUUUCACUACCACCAACAUCUUGCCUCAUCUAAAGACUUCGCUUUCUGAAACUCUAAACCUCUUAUAUCCAAUUUCUGGUCGGAUCAAAGAUAACAUUUUCAUCGAUUGUUUCCAUGAAGGUGUGCCAUUUUUAUCGGCUCAAGCUGGUUGUCGAUUGUCCGAGUUUCUUAAGCACCAUGAGGUUAAGUCAUUGAACAAAUUGCUUCCAUGCCAACCUUUCUCCAAGGAAUUCAACAAUGAGGCUCCCCUCCUUGUGUGCCAAGUCACUAUUUUCGCUUGUGGUGGGAUAGCUCUAGGCGUUGCCUUUUCUCAUAAGAUUUUUGAUGCGGCAAUAAUUUUUCAUUUACUUGAUGUUUGGAGCAAAAUCGCUCGAGGAUCCCAUCAUCAUAAUGAUGGGUUUCAUGGUUUAGCCGAGGCAUCGAUGUUGUUUCCACCGAGAAAUGAAGUUGCACAAGAUUACUUGUCAAAGGUGGAAAACUUAUGGUUCACGGAACCUUAUAAUUCCAUUACAAUGAGAUUCACAUUUGAUGCCAAAUCCAUAGCUGAACUGAGGGCUAUUGCUAAAGGUGAACUCGAGGCUAUGCCGUCUAGGAUUCAAGCUGUAUUGGGUUUUAUCUGGAAACAUUCCAUGGCAGCAUCGAGGAUGAUCUCGGGAUCCUUUAAACCAUUUGUAUUGGCUCAAGCCGUGAGCCUUAGGCCAAGAAUGAACUCAAAUUUAUUACAAAAUUCGAUUGGAAACUUGUUUUGCUGGACACAUUGUGUUACAAAUCUUACCGGUCAGACCGACAUCGAACUAUUUGAGUUGAUCAAGUUGAUGAGAAAAUCCGUCGCGACUAUCAACGCUGAAUACUUGAAUGCAUUACAAGGAGAGAAAGGGUUUAAAAUCAUAGGUGAGUACAUUAAUCAGCUUGAAAACAUGUUUUCCUUUGAAAAGCCAGAUAUCUUUUCCUCAACAAGUUGGGUCAACAUCAAGUAUUACGAACUCGAUUUCGGAUGGGGCAACCCGCAAUGGGUUGCUCCGUUCGGGGAAGCCGGGUCUGAGUUCAAUAACAAUGUGGUUUUCAUCGAAACAAAGUGUGGCAAAGGCAUCGAAGCUUGGAUAACAUUGGAUGAAAAGAGAAUGCUUGUGUUGGAAAAAGAUGCAGAGUUCCUCAAUUUUGCAACUCCAAACCCUGAGAUUUCAAGCCUUUGA